AUGUCCAUCCACCAAGAUUCCAAUCCCACUAUACUCCUCUUCACAAAUGCAGAAUACGGCCAAGCCAACGUCUUCUUCAGUGUCGCCUACGAACUCGGGACAACAAGCCAAUCUAAAAUCCACGUUGCGUCCUUCCGUCCCUUCCACAAACGCAUAGAGGGACUACAGGUACACAUCGCUCGAGAAGGAGCGAUGACGUUCCAUACUGUAGCGGGAUUAUCGUAUGAAGAGGCGUUGGCGAAAAGGGGAAAGGGGGCUCAGGAGUUGGUGCAUCCUGGUAGGUGGAGAGGUGCUAUUGAGUGUUUGGGUCAUUUCGGGUAUGGGUUGGUACCGUGGUCGGUGGAGGAGUAUUAUGAGCAGCUUGUUUCGAUCCAGAGUAUCAUCGAGAAAGUCAAUCCAGGGCUCGUAGUCAUCGAUUCAUUGUUUUUUGGUGCUCAAGAUGUGUGUCGGGGGAUGAAAAAGAAAGUCGCCAUCCUUACGCCUAAUUCUAUCAAGGAUAUCAUUGGGCUCCGACAACCUUGGUUGAAAGGAUUUUGGAAGUAUCCUUGUGUAUCAACAGGUUACCCCUUUCCUAUCCCACUACACCUGAUUCCGGCGAACUUGUAUGUUACGUUCCGGAUGAUAUACACCAUAGCCACCCAACCCCAUCUCAAAGCCAUUAAUCACCUCCGAAAAGAACUAUACGGACUCUCCAACCCCAUAACCCACGAAUUCACCCUCGACACGCCCUACAUCCUCCCUUCGACGCCCGAAACCGAUUUUCCCGGUCUACUCCCCACCCCCAACCUCACGUGUUGCGGACCCAUUGUCGUUCCAUCGUUUAAAUCCAUCGACGAAGACGACGAGUUGAAAACGUGGUUGGAAGAAUCGGGGAGACAGCGCACGGUGUUGAUCAACCUUGGCUCUCAUGCUGUUUCUGGCGUUGAAGCCGUAAGACAGAUCGCAGGCGGUAUUCGCAUUUUGUUGGCAGACCGGUCUCUCAGUGAUAGUGAAGAGGGCGGGAACACUCAGGUUCAGUUUCUAUGGAAGCUACUCCCGGACGAGGCGAUCCGUACGGCGUUGAGGGAGGUUAUAAAAGAAGAGAUGAAAGAAGGUGUGGUAAGAGUUGUGGAUUGGUUGGAGGUUGAACCUAGAGUCAUUUUGGAACAUCCGAAUGUGGUGUGUAGUGUCCAUCAUGGGGGGGCGAAUUCGUUUUUUGAAACUAUUGAUGCCGGAGUCCCGCAUAUUGUUCUCCCCGUAUGGCAUGACACGUAUGAUUAUGCCUCUCGUGUGGAGACUCUUGGAAUUGGUGUAUGGGGAAGCCAACGAUCAGCCCCUUUUGCUAAUGAUGAAGAAUUCGGGAACGCGCUGAAAAGAGUACUGAACAUUGGUAGUAGAGAAGCUGAGCUUUUUCAGAGUAACGCGGUCGCGUUGAAGGCGAAAGUAAACCGAUACGGAGGUGGGAGAAAGGUCGCUGCUGAGAGGAUUCUGGAACUUUCUGGGGUCGGUGAGGCUACUUCAUGUCGAAAAAAGAGGGUUUCUGGUUUUUAG